UCAGCCUGCGGCGGCGGGCGGAAGUGGCGCCUUAGUCCCGCGCUGCCCGUCCCAGUGCCCGGUAGCGGCGGCGAGAUUUUUUUUUUAAACUCAAAUGGGUGAUGAAAAGGAUUCUUGGAAAGUGAAAACUUUAGAUGAAAUUCUUCAGGAAAAAAAACGAAGGAAGGAGCAAGAAGAGAAGGCAGAGAUAAAACGUAUGAAAAAUUCAGAUGAUAGGGAUUCAAAGCGGGAUUCUCUUGAAGAGGGGGAGUUGAGAGAUCAUCGCAUGGAAAUAACAAUCAGAAAUUCACCUUACAGGAGGGAAGACUCUAUGGAAGACAGAGGAGAGGAAGAUGAUUCCUUGGCUAUAAAACCACCACAGCAAAUGUCACGGAAAGAAAAAACCCAUCAUAGAAAAGAUGAGAAGAGGAAAGAGAAACGUAGACAUCGUAGUCAUUCAGCAGAAGGGAAACAUGCCAGAGUGAAAGAGAAAGAACGGGAACACGAGCGUAGGAAGAGACAUAGAGAAGAGCAGGAUAAAGCCCGUCGUGAGUGGGAAAGACAGAAACGGAGAGAAAUGGCAAGGGAGCAUUCCAGGAGGGAGAGAGAUCGUCUGGAGCAACUUGAGCGAGAACGAGAGAGAAAAAUCAGAGAGCAGCAAAAAGAACAAAGGGAGCAAAAAGAACGAGAAAGGCGCGCUGAAGAAAGACGUAAGGAACGUGAAGCCAGAAGAGAAGUUUCUGCACACCAUAGAACAGUGAGGGAAGAAUAUGGAGACAAAGUAAAAAUGAGACCCUGGAGUCGCAGUCCAUUACGACAGCAAAGAGACAAGCUUGAGCAAGGAGAUAGCAGGAAACCAGUGAAAGAAGAGAAACCAGAAGAGAGAGAUCCUCUUUCAGACUUGCAAGACAUCAGUGACAGUGAGAGAAAAACCAGCUCGGCAGAGUCUUCAUCAGAAUCUGGAUCAGGCUCGGAAGAAGAGGAGGAAGAGUCUAGCAGUGAAGGUUCUGAGGAAGAGGGAGAGGAGGAGGAGGAGGAGGAGGAGACGGGAAGCAAUUCUGAGGAAGUGUCUGAGCAGUCAGCUGAAGAGGUGAGCGAAGAAGAAAUGAGUGAAGAGGAGGAACGGGAGAAUGGAAACCACAUCCCAGUUGUUACAGAGUCGAGGUUUGACCGAGAUUCAGCAGGCAGCGAAGUCGAAGAGGAGGAAGUAGGGGAGGGCACCCCUCAUUCCAAUGCCAUGACAGAAGGAGACUAUAUUCCUGACUCGCCAGCUUCCUCCCCCAUCGAACUGAAACAAGAGCUUCCCAAGUAUCUUCCUGCGCUUCAGGGAUGUCGUAGCGUGGAGGAAUUUCAGUGUUUGAACAGGAUUGAAGAAGGGACGUAUGGUGUAGUGUACAGAGCGAAAGACAAGAAGACUGAUGAAAUUGUGGCUCUGAAGCGACUGAAAAUGGAAAAGGAAAAGGAAGGCUUUCCCAUUACUUCUCUGAGAGAAAUAAAUACUAUUCUGAAAGCACAACAUCUAAAUAUCGUCACUGUCAGAGAAAUUGUUGUAGGUAGUAACAUGGAUAAAAUCUAUAUUGUAAUGAACUACGUAGAACACGAUCUCAAGAGUCUGAUGGAAACAAUGAAGCAACCAUUUCUGCCAGGUGAAGUGAAAACCUUGAUGAUUCAGUUACUGCGAGGAGUCAAGCAUCUUCACGACAACUGGAUACUUCAUCGAGACCUGAAAACUUCCAACCUGUUACUCAGUCAUUCAGGCAUUUUAAAAGUUGGAGAUUUUGGACUAGCCCGGGAAUACGGAUCUCCGCUGAAGCCUUACACGCCAGUGGUGGUGACGCUUUGGUACAGGGCUCCGGAGUUGUUGCUUGGAGCCAAGGAAUAUUCCACGGCGAUAGACAUGUGGUCGGUAGGGUGUAUAUUUGGAGAGCUGUUAACGCAGAAACCGCUGUUUCCAGGGAAGUCAGAAAUUGACCAGAUCAACAAAGUUUUUAAGGAUCUCGGUACUCCAAGCGAAAAAAUCUGGCCUGGUUACAAUGAGCUGCCAGCAGUGAAGAAGAUGACGUUCACAGAAUAUCCCUAUAACAAUCUCCGCAAGCGAUUUGGAGCCCUCCUCUCCGACCAGGGGUUUGAUCUGAUGAACAACUUUUUGACAUACUACCCAGCCAGAAGAAUUACUGCCGAAGAUGGUUUGAAGCACGAGUAUUUCCGAGAAACGCCCCUUCCUAUCGACCCGUCCAUGUUUCCCACCUGGCCAGCAAAAAGCGAACAACAAAGAGUAAAACGUGGCACUAGCCCACGACCACCUGAGGGAGGCCUUGGCUACAGCCAGUUGGGUGAUGAUGAUCUGAAAGACACGGGUUUUCAUCUGACCACCACAAAUCAAGGAGCGUCUGCUGCAGGACCUGGUUUCAGCCUCAAGUUUUAAAACUCAACAGGAAAAAAAGAGAGAACUGUUCACGUGAGUGGAUUUCUGAGUCCCCAGUUUUGUUCUUCACGUCAGGGGGACGAUGUUUUUCACAGGGGAAAAGUCAAAUGUCAUCAGAGAUUCACAGGCUCUUGCUGGGUGUGGAGUAUAACUAACUGCUGCAUUCCAUUAGAGGACUGGAAUUAACCCGAAAAGCCAAGGAUCAUUACAAAAUUUGACAAAGGAAAACUUGAAGUACAGUCCUGGAACAGUUUCUGGUUUAUUUUUAGGUUCUUUUUCGUUGGGUUUGUUUUGUUUUUUCCUUGUAAAUUUGUAGAAUUAAAAUACAUUUUUAAUUGUUUAACAGUGUGAAGGAUUUCAUUUCUUCACAUGCAGCAGACUUGGAUGUUGGUGGCAUUAAGUCUUCUAGAGUGGGAAGUUAUUUUCCCUGCGGGCCCCAAAUCUGUGCUGACUAUUCCAGUGUAUUGUCAGCCUGGGGAAACAGCUGUAUUUGAAGUAAAUUCUAUGGGGCUGAAUAUAGUUAGAGCAAAAAACCGUACCAGUUCUGAGGUUUCUUUCCCGUUGUGUGCCUUGCAGAGAGCUAGGCGGGGUUGGGCUCGAUACUCACAAUGGUUUUGGGUGCGCUGCUGAGCUGAAGGCUGUUUGUUUGAUGUGUUGUAUACAUGUAUUUACAAUGGCACUGGUGCAAAAGAAGUACUCUGUGGUUUUAUAAAUCAAAAAGACUUAAUAUGGAGACUUGAUGAUACUUCAUUUUCUAUAGAAAGUUCUCUUAAAUGUGCACUUUUUCCAUAAAAAGGAAGAGCUUAGCUUUACUGAUUGUAUAAUGCCAUAUUCCAGUCCUUUCUCAUAAAAUGAAAGGCCAGACGAAUCAUGUUGGAAUAUCGGGGUCUUCUGAGUCUCUAAUUUCUAUAAUGGUAUCAUUCUUUUCUGGGAACGGGAAGAUUUGGAAAAUACCAGGGUAUUCAUGCAGUCAGAACUGGGCACCAGUCCAGUAAAAGGAUUAACUUAAAUUAUAAACAUUCCAUCAAUUUCAGUGCAUUUUAAGAGUUUCUCUGGGUAAAGGCCUUGGAGCUGGAAUUUGGAUGUACUAACAGUGUGGUAAAUUUUGAAAACAGUGGUUUUGGUUGUUGGUUUUGUUUUUCUGUGGGGGAAUGCAGAACUAUUUGCUUUAGGCCUGAUUGAUUGCCUAGUGCUGCAGGAGAAACAGCUCUGGUUACUAGUCUGUUAACCGAAAUAUGCAUGAUUUUAGCGAGAUUCCUCAUAGGUGGAGAUCGAUAACCCACUGAAAAGUGGGGGGAUUGCUACAUGCCCCAGCGUACAGGAAAGGAGAGCUGUUAUGCUCUAAAGGAGUAGAGCACAACUGCGUAUUUUGUAUUUCAAGCUGUGCUGUGCGUCUUGCACUCCGUGCAAUCACUGCCUUCCGAGCUUCUAGCUUCCUUGGCAUUGUGGCAGCCAGUACGGGCAUCACUGGAAGAUCCGUGUUCCUGACAAAACGGGUUAUUCAUCUAAGUUGGGGUAAUUUUAGUAAAUCAAAAAAACCCUAAUGCCAGAUUGCAAUGGAAAUUUAACAUGGUUAUGGCAGAUAUGUUAACUCACUUUUUUUUUUUUCGUAGAAGGUAAAUAGCUCUCCCUGAGCAGUGCAAUGUUAUUCAGUUACUACAUCUCAGCUUUUAUUUUUGUCUCAGUUGUCUAUUUUUGCAUAGAGUAAUUGCUUCUUAUGAUCCUGAGCUUAAUUGUCUAUGCAAAGAUGCAUUUUUAAGUUUUAUACUAUGCUGUACUCUCAACUGUGAUGGUAAAACUGUCCUAGAACAGAGGAGAAUUUAAUUGAUAGAGCCUUUCUGCUG